UUACCCUGCGUCUUUUCUCAAGAAGCUGUAUGGCCAAGAACCCCUCCACCACCAUUCCCAAAAACGGGAAUAUAGAAAACGAUAUUCCAUUCGUUUCAGAUAUCAGUGCCUUGUAAACAGAAGGAAACAGAGAACAAGCAAGCAGGCUGACAAUACAAGGACUCGAAUAUUUUGGUAGCAGAAUGUGUGUUGAUUGAUAUUACCUGAAGCAUUUAUCCGAAACAUUUACUACACAAUGGAAGGAAUAGCGAGGAUAAGUAAGUGUUGACAUAACGCAAACCCAACCAAGCGCUUUCAUUCUAAUGACUUAAAUGACAGGUGUUUGUGUAAAUGUGUGUGUGUCUGUAUGUGUGUGUGUGUGAGAGAGAAAGGGGGGGGGGGAUAAGUAAAUGUAAAUAAGUAAAUGUAUUUAUUGAUUCAUGGGCCCCCCCCUACCUGAGACCGAUGCAAUAGCGGGUUGUCAAUUUGGUAGGGGGGCAUCAUUCACAACUGCAUAACCACGAGUCUCGACACCUAAGUCAUUAAACGUUUGUCAAAUGCGAGUGUAUGAGUGAGUGUAUCUGUGUGUGUGUAUGUGUGUGAGGGGGGGCGAGGGGGGGAGACCCCGACUCCACUGCUGCAGCCCAGCCUUUCGUCCGAUUGCGAAGCUCCGCGGCACACACUCUCGCUCACUCAUGCACACACACACACACACAUGCGCGGCACGCACACAAAUCCACACACUGAGCUUGAGACGGAGAGAGGGAACGAGCAGGAGAGAAGGGGGAAAGAAUGAGGAAGAACUCGCACGCACCUUUUCGUCCUCCCGAACGCAGAUUUGCUGAUAAAGCAUCAGUUAUCUGAUAUCUCUUUAACCGGUCGUGGAAAAUACGGAGUGUAUGGGAAUCUGGGAGUGUUUUUUCGUACUCGGAAGGGUAUCUCUAUCUCUCCUUCAUCUAGUAUAAAAAGCAAAGCGAAUGCGAGCUACUCUACUGUCUGUAAGCAUUCACGCGCCUUCUCUCCACUACUGCGGACUUCUCCGGGAAUUUACACGGACACCAGCCAAAAGGUUUUGAACAUACACUGUCAGUUCAACAACAAUGAGGUGCUCUGAGGUUUCCCCCUUUGUCUCUUUGGGCUUGAGGUGUUUGGUCACCGUCGCCAUCUUCUGCUGUACGAUCCAGUACGUGGCUGCGGAGAAUGUGGUUCACAACUCGGAAACCUCCGUGCCCCUGAACGGCUCCUGUGGUGGCAUCACUACGUGCUCCAAGGGUGUUGUCUUGCCAGUCUGGCUUCCCCGAAACCCCUCUUUUGGUGAUAAAGUAGCGCGGGCUACGGUUUACUUUGUGGCAAUGGCCUACAUGUUCCUGGGUGUCUCCAUCGUCGCUGACCGAUUCAUGGCCUCCAUUGAAGUUAUCACGUCCCAGGAGAAGGAGAUCACCAUCAAGAAGCCCAACGGCGAGACCACCACCACCACCGUGAGGAUCUGGAAUGAGACCGUGUCCAACUUGACCCUGAUGGCUCUGGGUUCAUCCGCCCCAGAGAUCCUGUUGUCCGUCAUCGAGGUUUGCGGCCACGGCUUUGAGGCGGGUGAAUUGGGCCCCGCCACCAUCGUGGGCAGCGCGGCGUUUAACAUGUUCGUCAUCAUCGGGCUGUGUGUGUAUGUGGUGCCCGAUGGGGAGUGUCGCAAGAUCAAACACCUUCGCGUCUUCUUCGUCACGGCCUCCUGGAGCAUCUUCGCCUACCUGUGGCUCUACCUGAUCCUGGCCGUCAUCUCCCCGGGCGUGGUGCAGGUGUGGGAGGGCCUGCUGACACUCUUCUUUUUCCCCAUCUGUGUGUUGUUUGCCUGGAUAGCCGACCGACGCCUGCUCUUCUACAAGUAUGUCUACAAGCGCUACCGCGCGGGCAAGCACCGUGGCAUGAUCAUCGAAACGGAGGGCGACCGGCCGCUGCCUUCCAAGGUAGACAUCGAGAUGGACGGCAAGAUGCUGAACUCCCACGCUGUGGACUUCAUGGAUGGCACAAUGACCCUGGACUUGGACGAUAAGGACUUAGAUGAAGAGGAGGCUCGACGGGACAUGGCCAAGAUCCUGAAGGAGCUCAAGCAAAAGCACCCAGACAAGGAGGUGGAGCAGCUGAUCGAGCUGGCCAACUACCAGGUGCUGAGCCAGCAGCAGAAGAGCCGAGCCUUUUACCGCUGCCAAGCCACCAGACUGAUGACGGGCGCGGGGAACAUUCUGAAGAAGCACGCGGCCGACCAGGCCCGCAAGGCUGUCAGCAUGCAGGAGGUACGCAGCGACACCAACGAGAACGACCCCAUCUCCAAGAUCUACUUCGACCCGGGCUCCUACCAAUGCCUGGAGAACUGCGGCACAGUGGCAGUCACUGUGGUGCGCCGUGGCGGCGACCUGACCCAGACAGUGUCGGUGGACUUCCGCACGGAGGACGGCACGGCCAACGCCGGAUCUGAUUACGAGUUUACCGAGGGCACGGUGGUGUUCAAGCCCAGCGAGACGCAGAAGGAGAUCCGCGUGGGCAUCAUUGACGACGACAUCUUUGAGGAGGACGAGAACUUCCUGAUCCACCUCAGCAACGUGCACGUAUUCCUCGAGGGUGCCGAACCAGGCAGUGAGCCGGCAGAGGAGACCACGCCGACAGCCGCAGCUAACCACCACGCAGAGGUCAUCGCCUGCAUCGGAGCGCCCUCCACGGCCACCGUCACCAUCUUUGACGACGACCACGCGGGCAUCUUUACCUUUGAGGAGCCGGUGACGCACGUGAGCGAGAGUGUGGGCGUCAUGGAGGUGAAGGUCCUGCGCACAUCCGGAGCGCGGGGCGUGGUCACGCUGCCCUACAAGACCAUCGAGGGAUCGGCGCGCGGAAGCGGCGAAGACUUCGAAGACUCCCACGGCAUCCUGGACUUCCAGAACGACGAGAUCUUCAAAAUAAUAAAGGUAAAGAUUAUCGACGACGAGGAGUACGAGAAGAACAAGAGCUUCUUUGUGGAGAUUGGACAGCCCAGCCUCCUAGAAACCAAUGACAAGAAAGAGGAGGGCAAGCCAGAACAGGAAGAGGCGGAGCCACUGACAGGAGAGGCUGAUGGUGACAGAUGCAUCGCUGAUAUGGGCAGGCCCAUGCUGGGGGACCAUGUCAAACUGGAGAUCAUCAUCGAGGAGUCCUACGAGUUCAAGAAUACAGUGGAUAAAUUGAUAAAGAAAACAAACCUGGCACUGCUUGUGGGCACUAACAGCUGGAGAGAUCAGUUCAUCGAGGCCAUCACAGUCAGCGCUGGUGAAGAUGAUGAUGACGAGGAGUGCGGCGAGGAGAAGCUGCCGUCCUGCUUCGACUACGUCAUGCACUUCCUGACGGUGUUCUGGAAGGUUCUGUUUGCGUUUGUGCCCCCCACCGACUACUGGAACGGCUGGGCCUGCUUCGUGGUGUCCAUCAUCAUGAUCGGCCUGCUCACCGCCCUCAUCGGAGACCUGGCCUCCCACUUUGGCUGCACCGUCGGCCUCAAAGACUCCGUCACCGCCGUGGUGUUUGUGGCUCUCGGGACGUCUGUACCAGACACCUUUGCCAGCAAGGUGGCGGCCAUCCAGGACCAGUACGCCGACGCGUCCAUCGGCAACGUGACGGGCAGCAACGCGGUCAACGUGUUCCUAGGCAUCGGCGUGGCGUGGUCCAUCGCGGCCAUCUACCACAACUCACAGGGCCGAGAGUUCCGGGUGGACCCGGGCAACCUGGCGUUCUCCGUCACGCUCUUCACGGUCUUCGCCUUGAUCAGCGUGUCCAUUCUCAUGUACCGGCGCCGGCCCGACAUCGGCGGCGAGCUGGGGGGCCCCCGGACUGCCAAGGCCGUCACCUGCAUGAUGUUCUUCAGCUUCUGGCUCCUGUACAUCAUUUUCAGCUCGCUGGAGGCGUACUGCCACAUCAAAGCCUUCUGAAUGCACACACACAUACACACACACAAACACACACACAAACACAUUCACAUACCCACAGACACACACACACACACACACACACACACA